ACACACACUCUCUCUCUCUCUCUCUCUCUCUCUCUCUCUCUCUGUCUCUGUCUCUGACCCCCCCUUCUUACACACAAACUCUUUUCCCCUCCCUCCCCCAUCACUUCCUAUUUAUAGUAUAUAUCAGUGUGUCUUCAAAUGACUUUUAUGAUCAGACAGUAACUGAGGAACUCCUUUCCUGUCACUGCUCUCUGUUCUGAUGGUGAAUUAAACUGGUCAUGUGACAUGUGCGGAUCUGCUGAGUUUUGUGUUUAGGGGUCAGUUGAUGAUGCCACUAAAGAGAUUAAGAGACUCUUCGCUCGAGGUGAAGAUUCUAUUUCGUCUCUUCAGCUCUGUUCUGUGCUCCAAAAGUUUCCUGACUUUUUUGUUGUGAGGGCUGAGAGAGCAGAAACGUUAAAUUCUGUAUGCUGCACCUGAGUCGAGCGGGAAAGACUCGUACAGCCAAACAGCACAAAUAUUCAGAUGAACAGGAAAGAAACAUGAAUGAAAAGCUGAAUUUUCCUGAGAAACACACUACAACAUGGUGUGAAAUGCUGUGCACAAGGGCAGUGUCGCAUGGAGCAGGUUCAAGUGUCUUAGUUGCAGUGAAAUUGUGAAGCUGCAGCACACAGACGCUCUCCACAAAGAAAAGUGUUGUGUGGAUGGAAACACCUUGUUGUUGAGAGAUGAAUAGAGAAAUGCCAGACUGGGUGGAGCUGAAGGAACAGCCACAGAAACUCGGAUGGGAUACAACAGCAGAAGACCAUGGCAGGUUCCUCUUCUGUCCUUCAAGAACAGGAGGCUGAGACUGCAGUGAGCACAGACUCACCUAAACUGUGAGGUCAAGAUGGAGAACAGCCUGGGCUGAUGAAGCUGAAUUUCUGCUGAGGCUCACAGAUGAUAUAGAGUCAGAAUAACCUGACACUAAUCACUAAUAACCUGAAUCCAUGGACUUGACCUGCCUUGUGUGAAGGCUGGUGGAAGUGGUGUGCUGGUGUGGAGAAGGUUUUCUUAGAACACUUUGGGUUGGUUUGAACACCACCGCUACAGACAACGCACCAUGUCACAAAGCAAAUGUCGACCCAGUCACUGGAUCUGAAUCUUGUAGAAGAUCUUUGGGAUUUGUCAGAACGAGAGAUUUACUGCAAGGAAGUGUGUGAUGGAGUCCAUUUCAACAUGGAGAAGAAUGAACAUGAACAUUUUGAGCACCUUGUGGAAUCCACAGCACUACACCAGAACUGAAGCUGGACUCUCAGGAAACCCAUGUGAAGCGGCUGUACUGAAGCUGCACUGUGGGCUGUGUGCUGUCCAUCUCUGGACCUCUGACAGUGAAGUAGCUGUAGAUUGGACUGGACCAGACGAUGUCCUGUCUCUCCAGUGUUUGCUUCAGCAUCUCAGUGGAUGAGUGUUUAAGUGGUUGUUCUGUUGAUAAAUAGCUUCAGGAUGUUUCAGUUACUGACUCACACUAAAGACUAAGAUAUUUCUGAAAGAUAGAUCAGUUAUUCCUUCAUAGGAAAGAAAGGGGUUUUUGCUGAUCUGAAGCUGCAGACUCUGUUAUCCAGUAGAAGGCGCUGACGACGCUCACAGCUUUUAGAUUCAGAUUUUUAGACAUGGGUUUAUUCCCCAUGAUGUCCAGCUGUGUGUCUCGACACUGUUUGGUUGUAGACAACUGAUGCGUGGACUGUGGGACCGGAUACACUCCCCUAUAGAUCAGGUUCAGUUGCUUAAAUUUGCUUCACCUGAAAGAUGUAGAGGAACCACGAGAUAAUCCAAGCGACCUGGAUUCAGCUGCGCUCAGUGUGCAGUCCUGAAGCCACGGGUCUGAACACUUAGCUUAAACCAGAGAGUCCAUUUUUAAAUUUCUAGAAAUAAAAAUCACUAGAAAGAUGUUUUUGCUUUGACUUUAUGGAUUAUUGUGCAUGUUAAAAUGGCCAAACUGCAACAGGAGAAGCUUUUCCUUUUUUAAGAGCGGAAACAGCUUCCAUGUGUUUGACCAGGGCAGAUUCUCCAAAGAAGUGCUUCCUAAAUACUUCAAGCACAACAACAUGGCCAGCUUUGUGCGGCAGCUCAACAUGUAUGGUUUCCGUAAAGUGGUGCACAUUGAGCAGGGAGGUUUGGUGAAGCCUGAGAAAGACGAUACAGAGUUCCAGCAUCCCUACUUCAUCCGUGGACAGGAGCACUUGCUGGAGAACAUUAAGAGGAAGGUGACCACAGUAUCCAAUAUUAAACACGAGGACCUGAAGCUAAGCCCAGAGGACGUGAGCAAAAUGAUCUCAGACGUUCAGCACAUGAAGGGAAAGCAGGAGUCGAUGGACAGCAAGAUCAGCACCCUCAAACAUGAGAAUGAAGCUUUGUGGAGAGAAGUGGCCAUGCUGAGGCAGAAACAUGCCCAGCAACAGAAAGUUGUAAAUAAGCUCAUCCAGUUCCUUGUCACACUGGCACGGUCCAACAGAGUUCUUGGGGUCAAAAGAAAGAUGCCUCUGAUGUUAAAUGACAGCAGCACAACACACUCCAUGCCUAAAUACAGCAGGCAGUACUCUCUGGAGCACUCACCCAACCUCUCUUCCCCUGGAGCGACUUUCACAGCAACAGGCAUCUUCUCGAAUAAUGCACCAGUUAAGACCGGUCCGAUCAUCUCCGACAUCACCGACUUGGCUCAGUCCGGCCCCGCUAGUGCAGAAGAGUGGAUUGAGGAUAGGACCAGCCCAUUGGUGCAUGUAAAGGAAGAGCCUUUAAGCCCCAGCCACGGUUCUGAGGUAGAAGAAGUGUGUCCUGUGGAGGUGGAGGUUGGGGCAGAGUCCAUUUUACCUGCAGACACGCCCUUUUCCCCCACCACCUUUAUUAACUCCAUUCUGCAGGAGAGUGAGCCAUCACCUGCCCCACCUCAGCACACAUCACAGCAGAAAUGCUUAAGCGUGGCAUGUCUGGACAAUUCCUCCAAGACGUCUGAGGUGUCCCGCCCUUUUCCCAGCCUCUCCUCUUCGUCUUCUCACCUCAGAUCACAUCCACGGAAUGAGCUGAAUGAGCACCUGGACAGCAUCGACAGCAGCCUGGAAAACCUGCAGUCAAUCUUCAACAAGCAGACCAUCAGCUUCGAUUCCUCACCACUCUUUGAUAUCUUCAGUUCAAACACUGGCGCUGACUUCGACCUGGACAGUCUGACAACUAUUCAGGAGUUGCUGUCCGAGCCUGCCAAAGACUCCGAGUGCACUGACCACAUUGAACCAGGUAAUCAGCUGGUUCAGUACACAGCUCAGCCAGUGGUGCUGACCGACCCCAUGACCAGCGAGAACACGAGCGAUGAUCUGCCCAUUCUGCUGGAGCUGGAGGGAGACUCUUAUUUUAGCUCAGACCCUGCUGAUGAUCCUACCAUCUCACUGCUGACCACCGACUACCAACCUACUGGACCUGAAGACCCCAAGCUCUAGUAGCAAAAAAAAAAACGAAGAGCUCAUAAAGAGGCAUCUGUGUGGGGGUUAUUUUAUUUUAUUUUAUUUUAUUUUGUUUUGUUUUGUUUUGUUUUGUCUUUAUUGUUACAAUAAUCUGUUAGUUACCAUUUUUUCUUUCCUGUUUCCUGGUCUGUUUGCUGUUUUUAAAAUCCUAACCCCCUGUCAGCAAUAUGAGAGUGUUUCAGUGCAGUUUCACCGUAUUUAUAUUGGUUAUAAACUCAUCAGGCUCACAGUUCAUCACAUGCGGCCGCAGCAGACAAGCAGUCGAAGCCCUAAUCUGGAAUCCCCAGAGCACGAGAGCUCUGUGGUCAUGACUAACGCUCUGCAUAUUAACAGAGGAACUGACUCGUUCGUUUCUAGUUAAUCAGUUCUUAUCCCUAGAAUAUGAAUUUAACAGUGUGCUGGGAAUGUAUUCUAACACACAGAACUAUAUACUGUAGUUAUAUGUAAAGAAUAUAACUCAUAUUCAUAUAAAAAUCAUCUUAUAAAUACAUGAGUGCUUUGUCAGGUUUUUCCACACAGUUGACCAGUGGCAGUGAUUCCUGCGUGGGGCUUUAUCUAACACUGCAUAUAUUCUCCACAUAACGUUAGACCCAGCGUCGAGCUGUCUUCACCGAGCAUGCAGUGUGUGUGUGUGUGAGAUUUAAUUAAAUGGAUCGUCUCAUGCCGACGUCAGGACAUAUCAUCAGAGCAUGUUCGUCCCUUCGCAGCAGGUGCUGUGGUGCUCCACACACACUAUUAAAUCACAGGGAAACUUCACACAUCUCAUUCUUUAAGAUCUCCCUCUCUCUCAUUCUCAUGUAUAUAUAUGUAUAUAUAUA